UAAAUCUAACAGACUUGGUCAUAAUUAUGAGUGGAGAUCUCAAAUGUCCGAGUUUACGUCGACCACGUGAACGCAGCGUCGGUGUUGGUGGCUCUGUGGACUGAGGACGUAGCACACAGACAGCUUCAUCUACUUUCAGGCUACCGACGCUUUUUACACACACACAGUAGGUUGUUUACCCGCGGUUGUUUUAUUCUAACAAACAAUAAUAAUGGACGGAAACGUGUGCAACAUCCAGGUGCUUCUUCGGGCUGCAGAGUUUCUGGAGAGAAGAGAAAGAGAGGCAGAACAUGGAUAUGCUUCCCUGCUGCCUCUCAGUCCAGAUCUCUCUGACAAGAAACAGAAGAGCAAGAAGAUAUCUGCUGGAGGAAAUAGGUCAGUUCACAACGAGCUGGAGAAAAACAGACGAGCUCAGCUGAGGCACUGUCUGGAGCAGCUCAAGAGGCAAGUCCCUCUGUCAUCUGACUCGAUGAGGAACACCACGCUCAACCUGCUGAGACGAGCCCAACUUCACAUUAAGAAGCUGCAGGAGCAGGAUGAGCGUGCGGAGCAGAUGAAGGGCCGCCUGCGCUGGGAGCAGAGAGAGCUGCGGGUUCGACUGGAGCAGCUGCAGAGAGGCACGGAGAGGAUGAGGAACGACAGCCAGGGGUCGACCAUGUCGUCCGAGAGGUCGGACUCCGACAGAGAGGACGUGGAGGUCGACGUGGAGAGCAUCGUGUUCGACUGUCUGGACUCUGACGGACUGAGCAUCACGCACGCUGAUGCAGACCACUGUUACUCCAGCAUGGACAAAGCCUGGCUAUGACAGCAGUACACCUACUAUAGGUAACGCAUUUAAUGUCACCAGGUAGACAGGAAGAGGAAGAGGAGAAAAACAUUCCAAAAACAAUCCAACGGAGGAAAAGGGAGAAUGACGAAAGAUGUUACUGUACAACUGACCGAAGGAGUAACUUUUGACAUUCUCUUUUCAACACACGUCAGACUACAAGCUAAGUGAUUAUGUUAUGAAUGAGUUGUGUCCAUUUUGCACUGAAUAGCAGUUAAAAUCACUGGGCUGGGAUGGAUGUAACAUUACGCUAAAUAUAUUUUCUGGCAUCAACCAUUAAUGGCAUUUCUUUCCUAAGCCAUAAGGUGUCUGUACCGUACAAGGAUUCAAACAGUUCUACAUCUUUAAGGGCUUCUUCAUUUGUCUUUUAAGGGCUUUUUAAAUUCCAAAUGAGGGCGCUUUUUUUUUUUCAAACCUCUUAACUUAUUCUUUACUACAGUAUGUUUAUACUGAAUUCUGCCUUAAAUCAGAUUUGGUCUACCGUACAGCUUUUCUUUAGCACUAAGUUCAUAUUUCAGUAAUGUCUUGUGUAGCAUGC